CUUUCAGAGAGAAAGGAAGGGGGCAGUGUGAGCCACGGAAGGUAGGCCACCCCUGCGGAUUGGGAGGUACUCCCAGAAGGCCGCUCUUCUGUAGUUGCCAGGCAACAAGUGUAAACAGGACAGGAUCAUGGCCACUAACUACAGUGCUAACCAGUAUGAAAAAGCUUUCUCACCCAAGUACCUGCAGAACUGGUCUCCUGCCAAGCCAACAAAAGAGAGACUCACCAGCCAUGAAGGCUACACUCAGAUUAUUGCCAACGAUCGAGGUCAUCUCCUGCCUUCAGUGCCCCGUUCCAAGGCAAGUCCUUGGGGUUCCUUCAUGGGCACCUGGCAAAUGCCCCUGAAGGUACCACCUGCUCGGGUGACCUUGACCUCCCGCACCACGGCUGCUGCUGCCUCUCUCACCAAAUGGAUAAAGAAGAACCCUGAUCUACUCAAUGCCUCUAAUGGGCUGCGUCCGGAAAUCUUAGGCAAGCCCCAUAACCCCGACUGUCAGAAGAAACAGAAGAAAUCUGUCACAAAGACUGUACAGCAAGCAGCAAAUCCGACCAUAAUUCCCAGCUCCCCGACCAUUGACGGCGAUGACGCAGAUGAAACUCAAAGCUCACACCCCUCUGCAGGUCACACACCAGGUCCCCAAACUCCCAUUAACUCUCCCAAGACCCUACCUGCAAGCCCAUGUUAGAAUACCAAGCAGGUAGGUCCUAGUCUAGCCGAGAUCCAGACAUACAAAGCUGCAAUUCUGCAGGGGAAGAGGCUGAGAUGACAUUUUAGGGACUGACUGAAAUAAGUAAGACCCCUGUAUUCAGAAACGUGGAGCAGAGAAACAGUGGGCCAGGAGUAAAGGCAAAUUUGGGCGAAUAAACAUUGUUUGUUGAAUCUUU